GGCGCGCCGCAUGCCGCCCAAACAACAUAUUGUAUUCAUAAACCAACACCAGCUUCCACAAUGAUUACUUUGAAAGCUUUUAUUAUUGCCAUCUCAAUGGUAUGCUCGUUCAUACACAAUUCCCAUGCGCUCCGAUUGACCGCUUUCCCCAUAGGGGGCCUGUUUAACCGAGAGACGUUGCCGAGUUCUCUACAGGUGUUUAGCAACAUGAUAGAAGCAAACAGAAUGACGACGUAUCAUGGACGAUCCUUAGUCUCGAAGGUAGUCGACAGCUAUUCCACUUCUUUAGAACUGUGUCCAUUUACUUCAGAGGACAGGGGAAUCGUAGCUUUAAUAGAUGCUCGGCCAACUUACGGCAUCUGCGACAUUACUUGUUUGCUGUGUAACAGAUUAAAUAUAACCCAUUUGUCUUUGGGAUGGGAGCCUACAGACACUCAAUCGGAAGAUUUUUUCUCGUUCGCGUAUUAUCCACCGCCAGAAAUGAUAUCAAAAGCUUACGCAACACUUAUCAAAGACUUAGGAUUUGAUAAGUUCACGAUCCUGUAUGAAGAUGAUGGCAGUUUUAUACGUUUGCAGCAAGUAAUAAAUACAUGGCCUGCUACUAUGGAACCAAUUUUAUUCAGGAAGUUGGAUCCCUACGGUGACAACCGUGAAACGUUUAAGUAUAUAUUCAAAGUAGCACGAAUGAGCUACCAUGUCCUAGACUGUAAUAUAACAAACAUUCAUAAGUAUAUGAAUGAAAUAGUUCAAGUUGAAAAUGCAACUGAAUUUCAGAGUUUUAUACUAACAAACCUAGACGCAUACAGCCUUGAUUUCAAAGCCAUUGAUGACCUUAUGGCGAACGUUUCUACACUACAUCUGACCACACCAAGCGAGGCCACAUGGAAAGACAAAGGAAUGCUGGGAGCUAGAGCAUUUGGGCUCGAAACAGCUUUAGCAGCCGAUGCUUUAAGUCACUUAGAAAAAGCAAUAAGAAAACUACAAUUGACCACUGACAAUCUCCCAGACCCACCGCCUCUUUGCCAAAAAUCUACUCGAUCAGAAUAUGAAGAAAGUGCAUGGCCGCUGGGAUAUGAUCUUCGUGAAGCACUUAUCAAGACAACAACCAAAGGUUUUUCAGGACACAUUGAGUUUGAUUCAGAGGGAAAAAGGACCAACUUUAUGUUGCACUAUUCCAAAUUGGAUAAGGAGAGUCAGUUUGUGUAUGCGGGGGAUUGGGAUUAUAAGACAAAUGUUAUCACUAAGAAAGAUCACGUCGAUGAUAGAUCACUGGCUUUGAAACCGGGCUCAAAAAUACGGGUGGUGACCAAAACGGGGAGUCCAUAUUUUUCUGUAGUUGACACACCCGAAGGAAAAGUAUAUCGGGGCUACUGUGUGGACCUCAUAGAUGCAAUAUUUAAAUACAUAAAAGAAACCAGGAAAGAACAUUUUGAAUAUGAGUUCUAUAUAGCGCCAGGAAAUGAAUACGGUAACCAGAUAGAAGGUACCAAUAAGUGGACAGGAAUAAUUGGAGAAUUGAUGGAUCAUAAAGCACAUUUAGGAAUAUGUGAUUUAACGAUUACCUCCGAAAGGAAUUCUGUACUGGACUUUUCUAUUCCAUUCAUGACUUUGGGUAUCAGUUUGUUGUUCAGAGAAGAAGAUCCUGAAGCUCCAGAUAGAUUUUCAUUUAUUAAACCUUUGUCGUUAGACGUUUGGCUGUAUUUAGCGACUACUUAUGUGAUUGUGUCAUUUGUGUUGCUGGUUUGUGCAAGAAUGAGCCAAGAUGACUGGGUGAACCCUCAUCCAUGUAACCAAAAUCCUGAAAAUCUGGAAAAUAUAUGGAGUCUGUACAAUUGCAUGUGGCUUACAAUGGGUUCCAUUAUGACUCAGGGAUGUGAUAUUUUGCCUAGGGCAGCAGGUUCUCGAUGGAUCGCAGGCGUGUGGUGGUUCUUCGCUCUGAUUGUAACCGCUUCGUAUACUGCCAACAUGUCCACUUUCCUUAGUAACAGUCGCCGAAGCAACGUCAUCAACGAUGUUAAGGAAUUGUCGGAGCAGAACAAGAUUUCUUAUGGAGCGUUAUACAACGGUUCUACUUACCGAUUCUUCCAGACUUCAAAUGAUACAGUGUACUCAAAAAUUUGGUCUGUGAUGAAUGCUGCAAAGCCUACCGUAUUCACGACCAGUAACCUUGAGGGUAAAGAUCGUGUCGCCAGAAGUAAUGGGAAGUACGCGUUCUUCAUGGAAUCAACCUCUAUUGAAUAUUACAUCAAGAGAAAUUGCACGUUGAAAAUGUUGGGCUCUAAAUUGGAUUCUAAGGAGUACGGAAUCGCUAUGCCAAAGAAUUAUGGAUUCAAAGGAAAGAUUGAUCACGCAAUUCUGUCAUUACAAGAAUUAGGCGAACUUGAAAAACUUAAAAAGAAAUGGUGGGAAGAUGAAGAUAAUCAAGAACAUUGCGAGAAAAUUGACAAAGAAGAGGAUGACAAUGGUUCUCUUCAGAUGAAGAAUACGAGUGGUAUCUUUUUAGUACUUGGCACAGGAGGGAUCUUAGGUCUUAUCGUGGCUAUCAUAGACUUCAUGUUCCAUGCGCGCCAGAUCAGUGUCAAAGAAAAGGUGACGUUCAAAGAGGCGCUAUCAAGCGAAUGGCACGCAUCACUCAAUCCCCGCGAGCUGCACAAGCCGACCGCCCCCCCGCGCUCCGCGCCCCCGUCCACCGCCAGCCCCUCCCCGCAGCGCGAGCGCUCACAGUCCCGAGCCGUGUCUGUCCUCAGAGCUGCUUCUUCUUUUAUUAAUUUUGAUGAGAUUUAUUGAUUAACAUUAUGAUUUUUAUCACGAUGAGGGCACAAUCUAAGGAUAUUCCGUAAUUUGCUGCUGGAACAAUCAGAUACCACAAGCCAUAAAAUGUGCCCCAUUCCCAUAUUAUUCCUAUACAAGUUAGGGAUCUUACGACUAGCUAGCGACAGCGUUGUGGACUCAACUAGCAUCUGCAUAGAUUUUGAAUAACACGGACCCGCACCUGCCAUCCUCCACUCUAUUUGCGCAUACAAUAACAUAUAUGUAUGUAUACGAGCAUUUACGAUCAUCAUACCCGUAUAUAAUUAGGAAUAUAAAGAACAUUGACGGUGUGAGACGUUUGAUUGGUCCAAAAGCAAAUUUCGAAAUCUGCCUAAAUUGGAACAGCGAGAAUAGCGAACACCUAAGAGGGUUUUGAGAGGGUUUCAUUACAUCGACAGGGAGCGUGAAUUUGCGACGUAUAAUUGAUUGGCCCUAAGUGUGUUAAGUAACAGUGCUAAUCUGGUUAAUUAUUAAUUAAUUUGUGGGUGUAUAUCAGGCGGAAGCUGUAUUAGUUACAUUAUUAUUGUCAUUUAUUUAUUUUUGAACAUAUAUUUUACAUUUUUAAAUAUUAAAUAUAAAAAUAAAAAACA